AGCGACCAAUCAUUUUCCAUCUUUCACGCGACAUCUAGUUAAUAAGUAGGAGGAGAACACGUGGUUGUGUCAGUCGCAUUGGUUCUCCUCUUUACAUCUUUACUUCAUGAUGCCUUUGCUUAAGUCAUGUUGUUGCUGGAGAAGUGUUAGAAGUGGGAGUAUUGCCAGUGGAAUAUACACAGCUAUUUUAUAUUCCGUAUUGUUCAUUGUUGGCACUUAUCACAUAUGUUUAACAGAUAAUCCUCCAGCUCUUCUAGCAUUUUCUAUUGUUUUUAUAAUUUUAUCAGCAAUCUGUGUGAUAUUCUCAAUCUUACUGUUGAUUGCAUUGUCAAAGAAAAACACUAUCUUGUUAAUCCCUUGGCUGGUUUCUGUAUCGAUUGCUACUUUUCUGGAUAUUGGAUUGUCAUUUUUCAUCAUAAAAGAUGCCAUUUUCGAUCCGUUUCUAGCAAUAUUAUUUAUCAUAGAUUUGUUCAUUUGUGCUCUAAAUGUAAGUGUUUUAAAUAUACAGCUUCCUCUGUGUUUUAUCAUUGUACCAGGAAUUAACAUUACAGAUUAA